AUGGUGAAAAAGAAAGGAGUUCGUGAAAAGGACGGAAGAAGUUGGAUUGAAUUGCAUGGUGCCAUUCAUCAAUUCAAGGCAGGCGAUCUAUCUCACCCUGAAACAGAAGGCAUAUACAAGUUGUUGGAAGGACAGAUCUGUCGAGCCAAAAUGCAUGUUAUUGUCCUCGUCUCCUUUAAGCUGUCAUCUCCGGAAGUGGUUGUGGGUGCCUGCGUCUCUCAAGUGGCAAGGGGAAAUGGCUUUCAUCAACUGCCUGAUGAAGAGGACAUUGAGUUUCUAACAUUGUCGACAGCUCGAGGUUGUGUCCCUACUCCCUAG